AUUAUAAAAUGUGUACUAAGGACGACGAUCUUUUAUGGCUUUUAAAAGCUAUAGACGCUGCGCUGCCCUCAGAUGGCCCUGCUGACGCCUGUGUAAGCACCUUGGAUUUAGCCACGGGCGAAGCCCAUACCAAGGCAGUUAAUGGCGUCAAGAGCUUAAUGGCCAAAGGUUACGUGACAAUAGAAGAAUGUAAAAAUAAAAGGUUCAUUCUAACGCAGGAAGGCUUGCAGUACUCCAACCAGGGUUCACCUGAAUACCUUCUAGUCGAACGAGUACGUAAUUCCAACGAGCCCCUAACGAUAAAUGAUGCUAGUGUCGGGAUACCUAAUGCGGAGCAUGGCCUGAAGAAAGCGAUGCGCGCAUCGCUCUUACGAAUAGGUGCUGGUAAGCAGUUGUCAUUAGGACCCGCCGCGGAAACGCAACGUGAUGAUUUAACCCAGCAGCUGCUACUCAUAGUACAUAGCCACGGCGCCAACGAAGGUGAUAUGCUUAGCGCUAUGGCUAAAUUGAUCCCCGAUACUAAGAAGCUGAACGCCGAGCUUGAUGACCUAAAAAAACGCAAGCUCACGGAAUCUCACGUGGAAGUGUCUUACAUAGUAAGGAAAACAGCUAACUUCCGAUGCGAGAUUGUACAACAAGUAACGGAUUUGACCCAAGAGCUACUGCAGGAACGGAAGACGUGGUCCGCCGAGGAUAUGAAACCAUAUAAUUUCUUCUCUAGCGGUAAACGAAUUGCCCGUGGAGCGCUGCACCCCUUGACACGUACCAUGCGUACUUUCAGGGAGAUAUUUACAUCAAUGGGUUUCGAGGAGCUGGAUACCUCCAACUAUGUGGAGUCCAGCUUCUGGUGCUUCGACACCUUGUACAUACCUCAGCAACACCCUGCACGCGACUCCCAGGAUACAUUCUUCACCAAUGAGCCUGAACUGCAGGAUGAAAGCUCACUGGACAAGGAUUACGUAGCGGCAGUAGCAGAGGCACAUGGUGAUGCCAGGAGAUACAAUAGUACUGGAUGGAUGUAUAAUUGGAAAUUAGAUGAAUCGCGUAAAAUAGUACUACGAACACAUACAACAGCAUGUACCGCAAGGUUACUCAAGCGGAUAGCGGCAGAUUUCCAAUCGUAUAAACACAGGCUACCACUCAAGUACUUCUCUAUCGAUCGGGUAUUCCGUAACGAAAAUAUGGAUUCGACACAUCUGUGUGAAUUUAACCAAGUUGAAGGCGUACUAAUAGGAUUCGGACUUGGUAUGGGACAUUUAAUGGGUGUCAUGUCGGCAUUCUAUAAAGCGAUUGGUAUUGAUAAGCUCAAGUACAAGCCUGCUUAUAACCCUUACACGGAACCUUCCAUGGAAAUAUAUGGCUACCACCCAGAUCUAAAGAAAUGGGUAGAAAUUGGCAAUAGCGGGAUUUUCAGACCUGAAAUGCUGCUACCGAUGGGACUGCCGGAAGGACUCUCGGUCAUUGGCUGGGGCCUUAGCCUUGAACGGCCUACCAUGAUCCGCGAUAACAUACGAAACAUCCGCGACCUUGUGGGUUGCAGCUACUGAAUGUUUAGCUGAGUUGUACCCGGUGUGUGUAGGUCUCUAUAGAACAGACCUACACACCGAGAUGUGUACUGUGCUAGACAACUUAACG